AUCCGUCGAUGUACACCCAAAGUGAAAUGAGAGCACUGCUAUUCUUUCACCUUUGACAGUAGCGUUUGGCUGCGAACCGAUACAGCCAGGUAAAUGCUCAAAUACGCUCGCCAUAUCUUCUUUCGCUCUGCGUCCCAACCAGCAUCAACAUUAUGCUCAGCUCUGUCUGUGCUUGUCUCCGCAAAACGCUCACCCAACAUCAUCGUCACCAUCAGCAUCAUCAUCAUCAUCAUCAUCAUCGGAAGCCCCCAGAGAGUUGAGCUCAGCUCGAGCAGCCGACGUCGUCUUUGAGUAGCCUGGCGGAGAAUCUCUCGUCACAGUCGCUCGCCUACUUUUCCACUGGAUUCUCGGUUUUUCGGUUCUGCUCCGUGGCUCACUUUGACUAUCACAAAACGGGUGUGUUAGCAAUGUGGUGUUAAAUGCUGAUGGUUCUCGGUUUGGAUUCCAUUGCAGGAAGAAAAGGAAAAAAAGGGCAGAACUUCGGUCAAAUCAGGAUUGCGGCACACACCUUCUGGGAUAGGCGCAAUCCCAAGGCAGGGCGCUGAAAAUCUGGAGAUCCGAGUGCAAGUGCUUCUCGCAGCAAAUCGCCCAGGUCCCACACGAAUAAUUCGGGGUGUUUCUUUUCCAAUUGUGUAAGCUCAUGGAGUUUCAUUUUCCUUCCCUAAAAGGUUGGUCGAUUUUUCCUCGGAAAUAGUCAAAGGAACGCGAAAAAGAAAAGUGUACUGUAAUUACUGCGGUGGGAGUCGACUAAACGAGUAGUAAAGUGCUGACCGAAGGUAAAGAGUGGAACGUGAGAAAAUUAAUCGUGAAAAAUCGAAAAUCAAACGAAUGAAAAAAAAAGUGAACAUUGUUGAGGUGGAAAAAAGUCUGAAGUGAAAAUAUACACAUUUACACGUACAUACGUACGAGUCCUGGCAGAAACAGCAGUAUCAGGAGCAGCAGCAGAAGCAGCAGUUGAAGAGAAAAGGCUAAAUACAUCGAGAGACGCAAUCGAGGAGUGCAGAAAGGAUUACACGGCUUUUUGCUCAUUUUUUUCUCUCUCACUCACAUUCUCGGGGUUCGACCGUGUAUCCCUUUUCCCUGCCGUCGUGUGUCUCGCCACUACCGGGAGAAUCGGCAUUCGGUGAGGGUAAUUUGUGGCAGCCUCAGUAGCGGUAGUAGUUGUGUAGUGGGCUGCUUUCGAGAAGGAUUACUCAACAUAAUACAUACCGCCUUGCAGUCUCGUGGAGUGGUGCCAAGUGCGAGUGCUUCUCUGAUCGGUGUCAGUGCUCUCUGGUUCUCUCUGGUUUCGCGCUGGCUCCAUAAGAAGAGCAACAACAAGAAGAAAAAAAAGGAUUUAAAUUUCACACGUCUUUCUAUGCGGAGCAGCUGGAACCAAUAGGAAAUUGCUUCGGGUUCGGGCGUUACUGCAAAAGGUGACCCUCGCCCUAUCCAACACUGUGUCCGACCGCGAGAUAGACAGAGAAAGAGAGCAAGAAGAAAGAGAGAGAGAGUACAAUGACGACGAUACGUUAGCAUAGUGACUAUGGGAUCAGAGGCAUGGGCGUGUGCGUGGACCCUGGGGCUUUCCGGUGGUGUCAGGCAUUGAGCCGGUCGCAAUCGUUAACCACAGCAGCAUCAGCAGCAUCAGCAGCAGAAACAUCAGCGUCAGCCGCAACCACAGGCACAACCACGGCUUCCGGUGGGAUCGCAACAGCCCGGGAAAUACCAGUACCCACGGUUAGCAGCAACAGUCAGCAGGCCAACUAUCGACACGUGUCCAGUUUCCAUAAUGCCAAGGUGCGGCGUAGUCUAAACGCAACAAUCUUCAUCAAGAAGAAACAAGCAGCUGUAGCAACAGCAACAACAACAACAACAACAACAGAUUCUAAAACUAAAUCAGUUAGCAAAAAUACAAAUAACAACAACUUCUUGAACCACUACAGUUACGGUAGUAGUUAUAAUAGUAGUUCCAACGGUAGUACUUACACUAGUAUAAACACUAGAGAAGCGAAUAGCAGUAGAAGUAUCGAAAAGGCACUAGCGGCGCGGCGGAGAAAUCUUAGUCUCAGCACCAACAAAUUGAGCGAACACUACAGCUGCAGUGCGGCGGCACUGAACUGGCUGGUCUCAUCGUUUGUACUGCUCCUUUGCAUCACCUUAUGCACUAGUUCAAUUAGUCCUCCUGCACCCCAGGAUGCCGUUCACAUCACCGCCAUCCUUGGCGAGAGCGUCGUGUUCAACUGUCAUGUCGAGUUCCCCGGCGACCACCCAGUUCCCUAUGUCUUGCAAUGGGAGAAGAAGGGCCAGGAAAUACCGAUCUACAUCUGGUACGAGAGCUACCCGACCCACAGCGGCGAAGGAUACGAGGGGCGCGUUUCGAGAGCCUCGCCCGAUUCGAGCUUCGGUGCGGCAUCCCUGAACCUGACCAACAUCCGUGAAACCGACCAGGGCUGGUACGAGUGCAAGGUGGUCUUCCUGAAUCGGCCACCGAAGCAGCACAAGAACGGGACCUGGUUUCAUCUGGACGUGCACGCCCCGCCACGCUUCAGCGUCACGCCGGAGGAUAUCAUUUACGUUAAUUUAGGCGAUUCUAUCAUACUAAACUGCCAGGCAGAUGGCACCCCGACACCAGAGAUCCUGUGGUACAAAGAUGCCAAUCCGGUGGAUCCGUCUUCUACUGUUGGCAUCUUUAACGAUGGUACCGAGCUACGGAUCAGCACCAUCCGACACGAAGACAUCGGCGACUACACGUGCAUCGCGCGCAAUGGUGAGGGACAAGUCUCCCAUACUGCCCGUGUUAUAAUAGCGGGCGGCGCUGUAAUCAUGGUGCCGCCCACUAAUCAAACGAAACUGGAGGGAGAGAAGGUGCAGUUCACCUGCGAAGCGAAGGCCAUGCCCGGCAAUGUCACUGUGCGGUGGUUCCGCGAGGGUUCCCCCGUACGGGAGGUGGCCGCACUCGAGACGCGCGUCACGAUCAGAAAGGAUGGGUCACUCAUCAUCAAUCCGGUCAGUGCCGACGAUUCCGGCAUGUACACGUGUGAGGUGUCAAACGGCAUCGGAGAACCACAAAGUGCUUCGGCUUUUUUAAAUAUAGAGUAUCCUGCCAAAGUGACCUUCACCCCAACAAUACAAUACUUACCGUUUCGUUUAGCUGGUGUUGUACAAUGCUAUAUAAAAGCAAAUCCUCCUCUACAAUAUGUAACUUGGACCAAAGAUAAAAGAUUACUGGAACCUUAUCAAACAAAAGACAUAGUUAUAAUGAACAACGGUUCGCUAUUGUUCACCAGGGUUAACCAGAACCAUCAGGGAAGGUACACGUGUACGCCGUACAACGCGCAGGGAACGCAGGGUUCCUCCGGCCAUAUGGAGGUGCUGGUGCGGAAACCUCCGGCCUUCACGAUCGAGCCGGAUCCGCUGUUUCAGCGAAAGGUGGGUGAAUCGGUUGAAAUGCACUGCGAUGCACAGGAAGCGGAAGGAACCUCGAAGCCGACGAUCAUCUGGCAACGCCGUGACGGGCAACCGUUGCAGAAAAAUCGGGUUCGGAUCUUGAACGGUAAUAUCACGAUCGAAAAUCUUCGGCGGUCCGAUUUCGGUUACUAUCAAUGCGUUGCGUCGAACGAGGUUGCCACGAUCGUGUCCGCCACCCAGCUGGUAAUCGAAGGAACCCAACCGCAUGCUCCCUACAACCUCAGUGGAUCGGCGACCGAGUUCUCGGUGACACUGUCCUGGAUGCCGGGUUACAGUGGUGGACCGGACUACAAGCAGGACUACACCAUCUGGUACCGGGAGGCAGGAGUUUCCGACUGGUCCACGAUUCCGGUAACUCCGUCCGGCAGUACGCAGGUUACGAUCAAUCGGCUUUCGCCUGGGACUACGUACGAGUUUCAGGUGAUCGGAAAGAACGCUCUCGGGGACGGUAUGAUGAGUAAGGUGAUAACGAUACGAACGCUAGAUGUCCAAAAACCGAAGAAAGUGUCGACAACGACUGCUGCACCAAACGAAAAAGAAUUCAAGCACGCCUCGGAUGACUUGGGUCCGAAACCGGGUCAACCGCGCAACGUGUCCGUGCUGGAGAUCCCGAAUGGGUUCCUCAUCUCGUGGCAGGUCCCACUCGAGCGGGCCCAUCUGGUGCAGUUCUACACGAUCAAGUACCGCACGGAUGCCCAGUGGAAAACGCUGAACCGCGGCCAGAUCCGCCCGGAGGAGACGUCCUAUCUGGUGAAGAAUCUGGUCGGCGGCCGUACCUACUACUUCCGCGUGCUGGCGAACUCCCUCAAGAGCUACGAGUCAAGCGAGGAGAUCAAGUUUCCGGUUCCCGCGCGGGUCAAGCACAAAGCCAUCACGGCCGGUGUCGUCGGGGGGAUUUUGUUCUUCAUCGUGGCCAUCAUACUGUCGAUCUGCGCCGUCAAGAUCUGCAACAAGCGCAAGCGUAGAAAACAGGAAAAAGAACUCAACAUGGUAACAGCACGGAUCACGGAUCGGAAUGCCCUUAGCCAGCCGGUGCCUUUGAGGAGAUAUCUACAAGGAGGAAGUAAAACCAGCCGACUGCCCGGCAUAGGAAUUUUAAUUGCAAUUUUGCACUGGAUUUGGCCUCCGGGGAGGUGUCAUAACUGUGACAGCAUCUAUUCAAAUAAAUUCACCGGUGAUCAGUCGACGAACGUGGGUCAAAUUCAUCGAUCGGCGGACGGACGCUUCGUGCUAACCCAGGAUGCCGUCGACGGGAUCGUAUCGUUGCGGAACAGUAUCGUGUCGUACUACAGCAGUAGUGACGAUGGAGGUUUUCUGCCGAAAGGCCUAUCAUUGCCGAGGGCCUCCUGGAGGCGUCCCCUGGUUACCAGUCUUAGUCGGUUGAGUUUACACACCGAGGAUGGGUUUGCGAUGGCAGAACCACAACAACCGACACAUUCGCUGUACACCAACACGUUGCCAGAAAACCUCAAUAUCACUACUAUCAGUUCCAGUGUACCUGCUCCGAUGGUGACCCAGUCGUUGUACACGACCCCUUCGAGAAUUUCCAAGGUGGUUGCUAGUUCACCGGCAACCUCCAGCCCACAGGUGGUGAAUUCUCCCUGGUCACCACUGUACUUCAGUGAUCUCAGUUCGGUUCAUCAUCUCAACUCAGCGGAACGAUCGUUCCCGACUCCGCAGAGUGCCUAUCGUUACAAUUACGCAGGAUAUAACCAGGAGCUUCCGAUACUGGGUAGUUUACAUAAUGCUUCCCGUCAUUUCUCACAUGGCUUCGUCCCGGUUCAUGUGCCCAGUUCCAGAUACUAUCAUCACAAUCUGUAUCAGAAUGUGCCCUUCCAUGGUCAUACGUACGGUAGUAGACCGAAGUUCUCCCGGUAUCAUCCGCGAUUGAUGCCACGAAGUCUGACGAGGGCAAUACCGGAACUACGAUCACCGAUGUUGAACCUCAAUCUCAGUUCAACUCCGUUGAGUGCAACACUAGAGGCCUCCCCGCAGAGUUACUCCAGUUCGAGUGGUUUUGGCAGUAAGAAUACAUCCAACAAUACCCAACAGAAUUCCAGCUUCCAGGUUAGCAACAACCUGCUGAGGGAAUGGCGUUAUCUUCCACCAUACCGACCACCACCGCCACCACCCAGUUUGCACCAUUCAGCACCACUCUCAUUUGGUGGCGGUCGGUUCGACCAUCCACCAUACUCCAUGUCCCACUGGUUGGAACUGAUUACAAGACUGAACAUGGCUUCCGAGAAGGCCAACAUCAACAACGCGGCCGAUGUGGGCAGCGUGGAUGGCCACUACGAGUUUGAUCCUUCGACGCCAACUCCAACCGCAUCCACCCCAACCGGAAUAAUGCGGGACGAUUUCCACCAUCUGAUGACACUCCCGUCGACGUCCAGUGAUCUUCUGUGGGAUGCUGCCGGUCUUUCGUUGACCGGUGGCACCGGCGGUGGUUCGGGCGGUGCUGCUGGCAGUGGUGGUCUUACACUCGGUGGUGGUAGCAGUCGGAAACGGGGCCAAUCCCGGUACGAUAACAUCGACGCUCGUGUCGAAGCCAUGAAGGAAGAGUUCUACGAGUGGCGGAAACGACAGCAACAACAACAACAACAGCAGCAUCAUCAUCUGUUAGGCGGUACUGGUGGUGGCAUUAGUUUUGCUAGCGGAAUCGACGCUAGCCGGGUAUUCGAGCUGGAAAGUUCCUGUUAGGUGAGUCCCGUGUGCGGUUUUGCGAAAGGGAUUUCCGAAAACGAACAAACGUGCUGUUCGCGAUCAAUCGUGCUUAAUCAUAAGACUCGACUUAUCCAAUAACUAUAGCAAUAUCUAAUUGAAGGAAAAUUACUGUGCCCGGUGUGAGAGAACGGGACAGAAGUAUGUAACACAAGAAUCGAUGCGCGAUUAUAAAAAAAAAACAGAACUUAUACAAGUUAAAGACUUUUACAAUAGUUAUGUACAUAAUUGGAAUGAUUGUGAUUUAAGUAGACAUUCGAAGAAACAGUUCAAGGAAAUUCACUGUGCUAUACAGGCGAGUUUUGAUAAAACAAACCAAACUUAUCGCAAACAACGUUAUGGCACGGAAGUAAUUAUUUAGCGAAGUAAUUAAACAAAACAAAAAAAAAAGAAUGCAAAACCAACAAAACAAAUGUCGUAACAACACUAAGUAGCAGUUGGAAAUGAUGGCUGGUGAGGAAAUAAGGAUGAGGAAUGUCAAGGAUCGGAAAGGGCUUAGGGUGAAUUGAGGCUCUUCCUUCAAGUUUCUUGAGGAGGACAACAUAAAAACAGUGAUUCCCGACGUGGUACUGGCUUCGUGGCAUGGGUUUCUGAUCAUUAAAGCUAUAAAAAGUUCGAAACAGAGAGCAUUUUUUUUUAACCAAUUCUGAUAAAAAGUCUGGUCUUUCUAACAAGAAUCAAAAUAAAAAAGAAUCUGCUGAUCGGAAUUGCUCUGCUUCAAUGCUAUACCCUUUGUAUAUUGAUUUUGACGUCAAUUGUGAUCAUUUUUAGAGGAUACAGAUGGGCAAUAGAGUGGGACAAAAUCCAAAAAAGUUCCACCAAACUUUUUGUGUUCCAUUUGAGUCCCAUAAGAACUCUGAUAUACGAGCUUAAAUUAGCAUCGUCAAUAUCUUCUAAACUAUAUGCGAUAGAGAAUUCCUCGGCAAAUUAUGGAGAAGAAUAAUUAUGGGCCUGAGUUUCGGAAAGGAAUUCUCGAACCCUGAAUUCAGCUUGUAUUCUGGAACCAAAUUUUCAAUCUGGACGCUGGAAUAGAAUUCAAGACCUAGUUUCAAUAAUCGAAUUUUGGAACUAAAUUCGGCAACGGAGUUCUGAACUUUGAUUUCUAAACAGAACUCUGGAGCAGAUACUUAAAUCUCAAUUCUGAAACCGAACCUGGAUUCUUGAACUGAGACUUGAACUCGGAAUCGGCAACUAAAUUCUGGAGCUGAACACCGGAGUAGAUUUUUGAUUUGAAUUCGGGAACUGAAUUUUAAGCCUGAAAUUGAAGUCUGAAUCUGAAUUCAGGAAUUCGAUUCUUAAGCAGAACUCAUCAACGAAAUUCUGAACCUGGGUUCUGAACCUUGAUUAUGAAAUUGAAUUCAGGCACUGGAUUCUGUAACUGAGUUCUGGAAUAGAAUUUUAGAGUUGAGUUCUGAAUAACAAUCUUUAAGCUGAACUUUACAACUGAGUUUGGUAACAGAGUUCUGAAUCAAAAUUCUGUAAUUUUUAGCUGAAUUUUUUUUUUAGUUUCAUAAAAUUGAAUUUUGUACCUGAAUUCAUUAAUUGAAUACUAAACCUGUAUUCACGAAUUGUAUUCUGGAACUGAAAUCUGAAUCUGAAAUUGAAUUUUAGUCCUGGUUCUAGAGAAGAAGAGUUCUAGAUCUGAAUCCGUUAACGGAUUCUGGAACUGAAUUCAGAGUCAGUAUUCUGGAAUAAAAUUCAAGAACUGAAUGCGGGAACGGAGUUCCUAAUUUUGAUUUCAAAACAGAACUCUGGAACAUAUAUUUGAAUCUGAAUUUGGAACCUUGAUUAUGAAAUCGAAUUCAGGCACUGGAUUCUGUAACUGAAUUCUGGAUACAAUUUUUGAAUUGAGUUCUGGAUAAUAAUCCUGUAACUGAACUCUGAAACUGAGCUGGGGAACAGAGUUCUGAAUUUAAAUUCUGGAACUGAAUUCAGGACAUGGAUGUUGAAACAGAAUAGCGAGCCUCGGUUCUGGGCCAGAAUCCUUGAGCUGGAUUCUGAAACUGAGUUCGGAAACGGAACCGCGACUCUGAACUGAGUUAAGGACCUAGAUCUUUAAGCAUCCUGAGUUUUCCUGAGCUUCUAUUCUGAACUUGGGUCCUAAAACGAGUUGGAUUCUUAGUACAUCUAGAAGCUAUUUCAUAUAUCUUAAAAAACAAUAAAGCUCGUCAUCGUUUUCGAAUUGGUUUUGAAAAUGAAUGUUUUACCAAUUCUCAGAAGGUAGAGAUUCUGCAGAAUGUGAACCUGUAAGCUGUUGGUUGUUGGGCAUUGACUUUCCAGAUCGACUUGCAAUAGUUUUGAAGAUAUGACUUUUGGAAUAAAUAACUGUUCUUUAUUCUUAUUUGUUACUUUAUCUUCCUUUUGUUACAAUUUCUUCAACGGAUUUAUAAUACUCAAUCAGUUCUAUUUUGGCAUCCGUCAACAGGACCAUUUCACCGAAUGCCGCUUCACAGAAUGGGUCAUAUUUUCUAAAGCUAUUUCAUCGAGAAAGUAAUUUAUAAUAUUUAGCGGAUAUUUUUUCAAAAUAUUCGACUCGCUCCAACAGACUAAAGAUCUUCAACAAGAGAGUUUAUUAUGCGAUUCCUCAUAAACUAUUCUUGAUGAGUUUUGCAAUGGCUGAGUGGAAACAUAUAUUGGAGAAGCCAAAUGAAUGAAAAACGCUCAGAGACAGAACUCGAACCUGCGUUCUUAUGAAGCAUUCCGUGCAUACGUGCUACCAUUUCGGUUUGAUUUUCCGUAACAAUCUGCUUCUGGUAGGAAGGAGCAGACUAUCAAUACAACCUUCAUGUCCAGCCAUAUCAUAUUAAGGAAUGAACCAUUUAUUCGAACCUUGUGUCGGUUGUUUUUCUUUAAUAACUUUAUCUACAAAUGUCUGAUUGUUUCGAAGACCAUGGUGGUUCUUUUCCUCUUUAAAUUAUCUAUGAAAAUAACACACGCACACGCAUUUUUAGAGUCUACACUCUUGAGGGCUGGAGACAGUACCGUAAAGUGGUAGGUUUUUUGCUAUUUUCCCGUUUCAAAUUAAAUUUUCUUGGAAACGGUGCAGAAUAAAGAAAAACCCACCUGACAAUGUCUUCGAAAUUUAGUUGAGAAUAUUCUGUGAAAUUUUCAGAAUGAUUCGUUGAGUUUAGCGGUCGUGUUGUAUUUUUUUCUGACUGAAGAACUGCUGAAAAUUGGAACGCUCGGAAUUGCAUACCUCUACUUGUUCAUUGAAUAUCUCGGCUUUGACGGCUUGUAUCAUAAAUCUACCGUGACAAAGUCUAGAUAAUAGUGUUUAGAUGCGAUUAGCACAAAAAAACAUAUAUGUUAUCGCGAUACAAGUAAAGUCUUGUAUUUUUCUGUGAAACAAAGUCAGUUUCAAUGCAUCCGCCAUUUUUUUUCGCCUUGGUUUCCUGAUAGCAUUCUGAAAAAGGAGAGAGAAAAAAAAUUGGGUCGACAAGGCUGCCAAACACACAGACAUUCAAUCUUUGUGAAAGUUGAAUAUUUUUUCAUUGUUCAUUGGAAUCCAUCUAAUGUGCAACCCAUACGAUAGAUUAAUGUGAUAAAACUUGUCAUCAAAAUAAUAAAAUGUAUGCUGGCAACCCGGUACAGUUUGCUCAUGUACGAGAGAGUACAAGAGAAAUACGAUGCGCAAAGGGAAUUGAGCGAGCCACGUGGUCGAUUUAAAACUCAACACGCGACCCUCUGUCCUCAGACCUUAAAACCGUUUCUCGAGCUCGGCAUAAUGAAAUGUCGAAUUAGAUCGGCAACAGAACAUUUUACUGAAUCAUCAGUAAGUUAGUAGUAUUCCACAUGCUCUUUCCGAAAAUCGUUAAAGUAAUAUGCUGAUAUCUCAGAAAAAGUGCGUUCUUUUGCCGAAGUUUGGCAUAAUAUUAUUCUGAACAUGUCAGUAAACAACAAAUAUACCGAGAUCAGCAAAACCGUUAGCCGAGAUUUCGAAAAGUGAGUUUGCUUUUACUAAAACUCGGGGAGACACUUAUCAUCUAAUGUCUCUUUUCGAUUUUGCAAAGCAUCACGUCGCCUUUACUUGUGGAACUGGAAAAAAGGAAGAAAACAGAUUUGUAUAUUUUGUGAAAAGAUAAGUGAAAUCAAAAACUAUCUUCUUUGCAAAUAUGCAUUUAUAAAUAUCUACUUAUUUCCAGGUAGAGGUGUAAAGGAGCACUAGAAACAAUUGUUUUUAGCCGUGAUGUUUUCUUUUGGUGUUUGUGCUUUUUUUUGUUUGCUGAAUUGAAAUAAACAUCAAUAAAACACCCCUUUCACCAAGAUUUGCGUUUUGUGAUAAUAAUUUCAUACAAUAAUAAAGAAAAAUCUUUCCUUUGUUCGAUUACUGAUGACUCGACAAUUCCAUGAUUUCAUCCUGAUAACUUUUGCUGACAGCAAAAUUUCUGCUGACAAGUUCGGCAUUAAUUGACAGUUAACAAAUUUUGGAUUGCCGAGAUUCUCAGUAAUUAUACAUUUUGCCGAGACGAUUACCGAGUAUUCGGCGCGUGCAAAUUUCAGUGCAAGAUUCAGCUAGAAAAUUUAAGUGUGUAUAAGGUGAUCUUCAGCGAACAUUUCGUAAAAAGAUCCUUUCCCCAUAAUAAAUCCAAUACCAACUUUAAACUCGGACGUGGAAAUAAAGUUUCACUGAUCGAGCUAAAAUUUUGCAUUAUGGAAUCCAGAAGGAACACGAAACGUUUGGUGGAGUGAGAAAAUAAACCUUUUCAGAUUUUUCUCAGUUCAAUCUUGUCUCAACCUAAUGGGCAAUUCGCUCCUGAGCAGUUCCAGUGAAUCGAUUCAUGAAAGUGAACUGAGUAGGCUCCCAGCUUUUUUUUGAAGAAUAGCAGCUUUCCAGUUCACUCAUUUGAUCAUCUCUUUUAUCAAACAAUUAGUUCUGCUUUGGUAGGCGAUUUGCAGCUGGCGGACAAAAACUCAUGAUUUUCAAGAAAACUGUUUCGAUUUGAAGUGCCUAAAAUUGCAUUCUUCAAAGCACACUAUAAUUUUGGUGGAUUUGACUAGCUGCCACUGCAGUUGAGAGCAGAGAUGCCAAGUGAAAUUUCUAUUAUCUUCAGGCGGGGUUGAAAGACCAACUGCGGUAAUUUCAAAGAUCUGUGAAUUUUGACAAAUGACUGUUAGAAAAGUGAUUCUCCAAAGUCUGCAACUAAAUAUGUCUGCAGCUUUUUUCAAAAAAAUCUACACAUUUACAGAUAAAUCUGUAGACCUGCAGACCUCUCUGGUCGAGAGGCCCUUCCAGCUCCGGUGACAACAGGUUGGAUUUCUUCGAAAGGAACCAAAUUAUCAACAAGUUCAACGGAUCUUGACUGAAAUACUGGGCAUUUAGUUUUACGUUUCGUCUUAUUGGGAAAUUGUUAAGCGGAAACCCUUCGCCCGUAGUCAGCGAUGAAAACUUUUUUCAAAUAAAUAUUUGGAGUUAAAGAAAUCAAAUUUUAUUCAGAGAACAACAAACCAAAUAUGUCAGUAAGUUUUGGAAAUGUCGAUCAACUACUUAGGUUGUGAACCAUUCGCGGUUAAUUUUAACUUUUGGUUGAAAUCUGACACUCGAGCGUUUAUUUUGAUGUUGUCAAAAAUAACCCUACUCGAAAGCACACGCUUAAAAAUAGUUACUCAAAAAUGAGUAAGAUCUCACUCAUCUACAGAAAAAGUGGAACAACUCUAAUUUAGAGUAACUCCGAAGUUACUCAAAUUUGAGUUCUUCCACUGGAAACGAUAUUUGGGUAAAAUCUACUCAUUUACUGAGUAAUACUUUAUUUGUACAUGUACCAAAAAUAGAGUAACUAUCACUCAAAUUUUGUGUGAAAUUUUAUUUCACAUAUACCAAAUUUGCAAAAAAGUUGCUCCUUUUCUGAGUGUAUUGUAUUAAAAUGUUAAAUAAUUGAACUCAAUACUAUAUCAAGUGGUGGUCGCUUGGAGUAGUGUGUUAUGCUCAGGCACCAAUCAUACACUUAUUCCUCAUAAAUGACAUUUGAGCAUAUUCGUUUCCUUUCUAAAGCACAACACGAAGCUGAUCAUUCUGGUUUUUGCAGACACAACACCGUUUGUGUUGAUCGACUCACCCUCGAAAUACGCGUCUCACUAACAAAAAAUACAACCUGUUGCUACAAAUGGUUAUUACAACUUUUAGACUUAUCGCGAAUGCGAAUAGUAACUAUAAAAAGAGAUUUUGCGUUAAACUCAAAUUUAGAGUAGGAGUUACUCAAUAUCAUUGAUGAUAACUACUCAAUUUUUGACGUUUCCAUGUAUCAUUUGAAAAUGAGUAACUAGUACUCAAACUUUGAGUAACUUUUUCUAAGCGUGCAUGGUUAUUUUUGACAGAUCGAUGGUUAUUUUCCGACACCGAAAAAAAUCUUGCAAAGAAAAUUCCAAAAUCAAUUCUUUAGUUAAAAUUAUUUCCAGUGCAAAAUAACUUUCCAUUCGUCAAACUUUGAAUCCGCAGUUUUAGUUACAUUUAACUACUCGACACAAAAUAACCGCUCAAGUGUGAGAUUUCAACCAAAAGUUUAAAUUAACCGCGAAAUGGUUCACAGCCUUAGAGCAGCUUUCUGUUUUUAUUACGUAACUUUCAAUGAAUUCAAUCUCUUUUGCUCAAAGGCAAGCCAUGAAUGAUCGCGUUGCCUUUGGUCGUUCAUUGAUGAUCGUCGUAUUGCAUCUAUUCUUGAAGGUGCAGAAAAUGAUGAUUCGUAGAGAGAUGUGCUGCUGCUCGAAAUGUUUCGAUGGCUUCAAAAAGCAACAAGUUGUGGGAAAGGCAUCGUUGUCGGGAAAACGUAUUUUCAAAAUGGUUUUUGCACAAUAAUCAUUAUCUUUCAAUGCAACCCAAGCGUUUCUCUGUCUACGGUCUUGAGUAGAAUCCUGAAAACAUAACUGUAUUGUAGGAACUAAUUCCAGAUAGUAAUAAAAAAGCAACGAAGUAAUUUGUUUUUUAUAUACAAUUAGGCGUCGUUGCUAUGGAUACGGAUUUGUUGAUGAUCCGUUUUAGGUUUUUUACCAUCACUGCUAACCUCUAUCAAAUGAAAACAUUUUGACAGUUCAGCAGUACUGUUUGUAAACAUAGAUUUUUUCUGUUGACAAAUUGGAUGAGACCAUUUACGGUCCAUAUCGCUUAAUAGAGUUUAAAAACAUUUGUUCACGAUUGGAUACGGUUUGUUUAUGAGAUUUAUUAAAUGAAAGUCACUAGUUGCAGAGUCUAACGAUUAUUGUUUUAUAUGUGUUCCUCGAUUUUUGUUUAAGCUUGUUUGUAAACAGUACCGCUGAACUGUCAAGGAUGAAUUCUUGUUCAUUUGUGACGUCACGAUAAAAAAUGUAAAUAGGUUUUAUUAGGUUUUUUAUCGUGACGACACAAAUGAACAAGUAUUCAUCCUUGACAGUUCAGCGGUACUGUUUACAAACAAGCUUAAACAAAAAUCGAAGAGCACAUCUAAAACAAUCAUCUUUUCACUUUGCAACUAGUCACUUUUAUUUAAUAAAUAUCAAAAACGAACCGUAUUCAAUCGUGAACAACUGUUUUAAAACUUUAUUUAGGCGAUACGAACCGUAAAUGGUCUAAUCCAAUUUGUCAAUAAACAAACAAAAGAAAUUUCUGUUUACAAACAGUACUGCUGAACUGUCAAAAUGUGUUCAUCCGAUUGAGGUUAGCAGUGACGGUAAAAAACCUAAUACGAUGACGACACAAAUGAACUGCCAAUUAAUAGAUGAAAGAUGAACUCUUUGACAGCUGCCGUGUGUUUGUUUUGUUUUGCGAAUGCAAAUUAAAAAUUGAAAUAUUACAAGAAAGUGUCUGUUAAAACAUGUUUCACAGUGAAAAGAAAUAAAAAGAUUGCCCUGUAUGCGUUUCCAGCAUCAAGGAGCGACAUUUCUCUAAAUUUGUUUAGUGUGAUGCGACUUGCAAUUUUAAAAUUCAAACGAUCAACCUCUGAUGAACUUUUAAAUUAGGUUUUAUACGAACAUGACAUAACCUCACAAAAUGAACAGAAUGAUUUUUUUUUACAUUUGCCGUGUGCUUGUCUACAGUUCAAAAGUUCAUCAGAGGUUCAUCGUUUGAAUUUAAUAAUUCCAAGUCGCCUCACACUAAACAGAUUUAUACAAAUAUCGCUCCUCGAUGCUGGAAACGCAUACAGGGCAAUCUUUUUAGUUCUUUUCACUGUAGAACACGUUUUAAACAGGCACUUUUUCGGUAUUUUUCAAUUUUUAAUUUGCUGUCGCAAAACAAAACAAACACACAGCUGCUGUCAAAGAUGAACUUGAUUCAUCGACCGUUCAUUUGUGACGUCAUCGUGUAAAACCGGAUUGUAAACAAACCAUCGGCGGCUGUCAAAAAAAGUUCAUUCUGUUCAUUUUGUGAGGUUAUGUUAUGUUCGUGCAAAACCUAAUGGUAAAUGAGGAUGUUCGUUCGAGAAAAUUUCGGUUUAUUCUAUAAACGGAUGCCGUGAAAAGAGGUUCCCUUUUUAAUUGGAUCCGCUUUUGAAAAAAAAAAUCACGUGGUGAACUACGAGAGAAACAAGUGACUAAUCAAAUGGCUAGAGAAAGGCCAAAACGUUCGUCAUGUAGUCGAAACGAAAUAGGAUUCGAUAUUUUUCCCUUAAAAUGCAAUGAAAAAUCUAAACUAUCCCGGAGAUAGAAUUGAUUUUUUUCAUUGAGAUCAUUUUUUCUAUCGCCCUUUUAACUGACAUAAGAAAUCUCUCAAUAUUUAGUAAUAUUGAGAUCCAAGUGAAUAAACAACAAAAUUCGAGAACCGGAAUUCUGUAUCUAAAAUUCAGCUGCAGACCAGAAUCCAGAUCCAGAGUUCAGUGCUAGAAUUCAGGUUCAGAAUAUACUGUCGAACCAGAAUCCAAAUCUCGAAUUUAGUUCCAGAAUAAUUCAGAUCCAGAAUUCCGUUCGAAAACUUAGUUCCAGAGCUCAGUUCCAAGUUCAGGUUCAGAAUUCAAUCGCAGAAUCUAGCAUUAAAAAUGCGUUUCAGAAUUCAGGUCCAGAGUUCAGCUCUAGCAUUCGAUAUCGGAAUGCUAGAAAAGUGUUUGAGAAUCAUAAAUUUUGGACCGAAACGGGUUCUGUGGAGAAAUGUAUUGGUACCUGGACGGUUCAAUCGCUGAAGCCAGGAUAGGCAUCGGUCCAAAUUCUGUCGAUUUUCUAAGAUUUUUUAUAAAAAUGCCGGCUAAAAAUCGGACUGAAAGUGUUUGACAUGUUUUCGACAGAAAGCACAGUUUGCUGCUAUCAUCAAAGUUGGCGCUGGAAUGACCGAUUUCCGCUGUCUUCAACAGAGCUGCCAACUCUGCAGAUUUAUCUGUGAAUUUGCGCAUUGCGAAACCACAAACUGAUCAAGCGUGUUCCCACUAGGUAACUAGGUUCUAAACUGAUUUCAAACAAACGGUUUUACAGCAGUUCGUGUUGAAACUGGGUUAGGUUUGGCAUCAAGCGAAAACGACAUUAUAAAAUAGGUCAUGAAACAUUGAAAUGUAGUCUUUAGAUGUGAUCCAUUGUGUGGAUUUAUCUUGAAGCUUCGCAUUAGUAUUGUUUAGAAGUUUAAUGGUUUGCCCAAUGCUUUGAAAAAUCGAUCAACAAGUGACUCUAUGAAUGGUUACCUUUUCUAAAGGAUUACUUUACGAAGCUGAGACAAAAAUGAUCGAUAGUUUAAAAAAACUGGCAUGAAUUGGUUUGUUCCUGCUUUUUUUUAACGAUACUCAAAAUUUAAUCACAAAACCAUGUGAACGAUUCACCUACCGGUUCGAAAGCCCAUCCCAACUUGAAACGAAUAUGCUGCCACUUUGCAUGUCAGUUCAUUAUCGACGGCGCACUGUGAAUGAACGAUGAUGAUAAAUACAACUGCUACUACCAUAAGGAAGGUAAUAUGAAAAAUCUUUUCAUUAGAUUUCAAAAUCUCACGAAAAAAACACGUACACCCACACGCUCUCUCACUCUCACACGCCCGCAAUCGCCAAGUGCUGAGGUGCCGAGAGUUCAAUCUUUUGCACCUAUACUCACUCACUCAAUCACUCACACACACGCAAGUCACAUCACCCAGUGAGGGGAUUUGCAGCAGACGAAGUAUGCCAUGACGUGAAAAUGUUAGAGUUGCUGAAGAACGAAGACGAAGAGAAAAAAAAAUAAACAAAACAAAAAACAAGUAGACCUAAUAUCAAUAUUUAAUGUUCUUGAAACCAACAAUAUUCACAAAUAUAUACAAAGAAAAGGCAACACACAUAAUAAUAAUUACUAAAAGUUAGGUAAGAUAAUUUAUAACUAACGAUAAAACCACUUCGUGGUGGAGGCGAUCGAGUUGGAUCGGUUGCCGGGUGCUUGUUUGAAAAGCGGCCGAUGUGAUCAAACUCAAUCGCUUCCGUUAGCGCGGCGAAACACAUUCAUUCUAAACUAGCAAAUGGCAAAAUAAUAAAAAAAAAAACGACCGUAGGAAGAAAAAUUGCAGAAAAAGAGGUGAAAGUAACUCAAAAUUCGAUUUAAUAAUAGUAAAUUAUUAGUAAAUACUAAUGAUAAAUGAAUAAAAGAAAAAAAAUCAGAGGAAUAACCUAAAACAAAAAAAAAAACGAUGUAAGGUAGUGCGGAGAUUCGCGAGCACACUGACAUCUUUACGAAGACGAAGAACAAAACAAAAAAAAACAACUGCAUAAGAAAGUACUAGUUUAAAUAUUAUUUUAAUUAAGAUCUGAUAUUAUUUUAAGCGAUGUAGUUGUAAGUAAUUGGAUAAAAAUGAAACAAACUCUCUACUACAGAAUAGAUGAUUUAUGGAAGAAAAAGCGUGAUUAGCCAUUCAUUUGUUCAAAAGUGUUUAUCGCUGUAAGUAAACAGAUUAGUUGCAUUUACUUUCCUAGAGUUAAAAACAUUCUGCUGGAAUGUCACUUAUUCAUGUUAAUUUUUGUUUAACAGUGAUCAUUUAAUUAUUUCCAUUUUUUUUGGGGAGAUUUCGAUCUCUAAAAUAUCUGCCUAUUUAGGUUAUGUUUAGUUCAGAAGCGAACAUACGACGUUACGUUGUGCGAAUGCACAUUCCAAAGAUUUUUUUUUAUUUUUACAGUAUAAGUUUGUAAAAAUAUUGAUAUUACUUUCCGGUGGAGUUUGAGUAAGUGUUUGCGUGUAGCAAUUUUUCUUGAACUGUACGCAAAAACUAGAACAAUUUUUCGAAUACAUAAGUAUAUAAAUCCUGUUGAUAGUUCUUAUUGAUCUUAUAAUUCUUAUCAGAACAAAAAUCUUAACGAGCCGAAAAUUACGAACAGAAUGUCGCAUUUGCGUGUUGAACAAAUUAUUAACGGUAGCAAAACGUAGGGAUCCGAGUGUAGAGCCGAGGUUCAGUUCAUACAGACUUUCGAUUCUGUUCACAGUACUGUCAUCCAGAUCCGAUUCGGGGAAGUUUAUUGUCGUGCCAUAAACGCCUACUAUGUCAACUGAGUUUUUUCUUUCUCAUGGCUCAAGCUUCACAUGGAUAUCCAAAACUAGAAAUCCUGUCGAAUGUUCACUGUUUUCACAUCGAAAUCAACUUAUUUCUAGUAGAACCAACUAGUAAUAAUGUAAACUCGAUCUCUUAGUCUCGAAAUGAACGUAACAGAAAGGAAAAAAACAAAUACCAUUUGAAUCAAAUAAUUGCUCUUCGAAUAACUGGUUUCAGUAAACAACAGAAGAAAAAGAAAAAAAAAACAGAUGAAAUAGCGUGAAAAAAAAAAGUUUUUUAUUAGUUUUCAAAUAGACACGAACAUACGAGCAAGCAGCAACAGGAAACAGCAUUACUGUUUAAAAUAAGCAAAGUAGUGAAAAACAAACCAAUUUGUUUAGCACACAAGCUAGACGUUUCUAAAACACGCAAAAAAAACACACAAACACACAUACUAUCGAAAAGAUUGAAACUAAAAAGAACAAGCGAUAUGACACGCAAAUUGUGCUAAAACAAAUUUUGUACAUAGUCCUUGUUAAAUUUUAUGAUUUUCAGAAAAAAAAAUAAAAAUAGAAAAGAACAAGAUCAUCACUCUCCUAUUCGAACCCGAGAAAGUAAAACACUGAAGAAAAAAAAACAGCAACAACUACCACACUGAGACAAAACAUUCCAUUAGCUUCUAGUUUGUAUCUAAUAAGAAUAAUUAGAAAAAAAAGAACAAAACAUAAUAAAAUGCUACAUCUUGCCGGACUUAGUGGAAAACGGAAAAAAGCAAAGAUUUAAAACCGGACCGGUAUCGAAGGAAGAACAACUAUGGGAAGCGGGUGGAACGCAGACUCCGUGUGAAAGAAAAUAUGGCAGAACGAAAUUCUUUGGUUUGGUUACGGUUACGAUUAGUGUUAAGUUGAAUCCUAAAUGUUUUUGUAAAACGUUCAAAGCUCAAUUGUCGACCGACCGUUUGGUUUUGCUAACUCCAUUAUCAGCGGCUGAUUUCCGUUUCAGUCGAACAGACGUCCCCGUGGAUGUUUCGGGUUAAAAUUUUACGAUAUAGCAAGCGAAAUGUAGACGCGAGUUUCGGAUUGAAGUAAAGGUUUCUUUGUUUGCUUAAUUUUAGCUGCAACCCAUUGAGGGGUGAACUGCGAUAGAUUGUUAAGAGAUUAGUUAUUUAUUGAAGUGGAGAUUUUAUUUAUUCUACACGAUUUGAACUUUUUUUUUGAAUCAAAUUAUAUUUUUCUUCGUUCUAAGUUAUAGUGUACAAUGUAAAAAGGAUAUGAUUUUUACAAAAGUAAAUAAAAUAUGAAAAUUUA